ACUAUCAUCAAAAAAUUUCUCGCCUUCUCAGCUUUCAGCCAUUUGAAUCUCAGAAACUAGGGUUUAGGUUUUCCGCUUUUUUCUCCGAUCAGAAAAUGAGUUCUACAACCAAGGGAGGAAGGGGCAAGCCAAAGGCUGUCAAAUCUGUUUCAAGAUCCUCUAAAGCCGGUCUUCAAUUUCCAGUCGGUAGAAUCGCUAGAUUUCUCAAGGCAGGAAAAUACGCCGAACGUGUUGGUGCUGGUGCUCCCGUCUACCUCUCCGCCGUUCUCGAAUAUCUCGCCGCUGAGGUUUUGGAAUUGGCCGGUAAUGCUGCGAGGGACAACAAGAAGAACCGCAUUGUACCAAGGCAUAUCCAGCUUGCUGUAAGGAACGACGAGGAACUGAGCAAGCUUUUGGGAACUGUAACCAUUGCCAAUGGAGGCGUUUUGCCUAAUAUUCAUCAGACUUUGCUACCUAAGAAGCUUGGAAAGGGGAAAGGAGAAAUUGGAUCUGUUUCUCAAGAAUUCUAGGGUUUUAUUAUGUGGCAGUUGUAAAAUUGGACAUGUUUUGAUCAAGUGAGAGAUGACACAAUCUAAAUUGUUAAUCUUGCUUUCAAAAACAUUUUUCACUGAAAAAGUACCCAGAUGAUCAACUUUUUUGCAAAAGUUUUAUCGGAUAUAUGAUGUUUCUUUGUCAUACUCUUUUUAUCAUGAUCAAACAAAAUUGUUGUAUGAUGCUAUUUCUUUUUUUUAAAUUGAUCUAGUGAUAUUAGGUAUAAAGGAACAUUGGUGGGAUUUAUCAAA